UAUAUGGUAACAGUUGGUGAAAAAUUUGGCGGGCAUUUACAAGAAAUUCAAAUAAAUUAAACCAAAACCCUAGCACAAUACUUACUUCCCUCUAUUUCAUUUUCCCUUUUUUCCAGGGUUUUGGUUUCUCUCUAUUGGGUUCAUCUCAGGUCAAUGUUGAAGAGUAAUCUGAGUUAGAUUUGGUCUGAUUUGAUUAAUAAGCAAGGGAAAUGAUUAAAGUUGAGACCUUGAGAAGUUAGGUGAUAAAUUGAUUAAACUGCUCGGUGAGUAUAAAUUAAAUCAGAAUAAGAUGGGUAAAGUGUCACCCAAAGAUGGUCAAUCAAAGACUCCAAAACAGAAAAGGCGGUCGAGGAGUACAAAGGGAAAGUAUUUGAAACCAGGUGCUUUGGCACAGCUUCGUUACACUAAGGUAUCAGCUGCUAAGUCUUGUACGGAUCUUGGCAAGAAAAGGGUGGCUGUACUGACUUCAGAUGAACCAAAGGAUCAAGCUGCGGUUCAAAAUAAUAUUGUUGAUGAAAGUCCUGCAUUUUUAUCACCCGUGAAGUUUUGUUAUGGUUCUGUUAAUACACCCAUUGACGCAUCUAAGCUGACUAAAUUGCAAAUGACACCAAAGACACCUGGUGCUUUUGAGUGCACAUCAGAGUCAAGACUCGAGUCGCUUCCAAUGGAUUUAAUGGUCAAAAUACUUUGCCAUCUGCACCACGACCAGCUUAAAGCAGUUUUCCAUGUCUCUCAAAAGAUCAGGAAGGCAGUAAUUCAGGCAAGACUUUUCCAUUUUAAUUAUACUACUCCAGAUAGAACACGGCAGGAGUUGUUAAGCACCAUGACUCCUCUCCCCACUGAUCACUGGCCUUUUGUAAGCAAAGAGAACGGAAAAGGCGCAUGGCUCAACACUCCUCACACUCCUAAGGCUCCAAAACAUGGUCCCCGUCCUCCAUCCCGUGUCAAGUUCACAGAGAUGAGUCAUAUUGCAGCUGUUCUUUUCCAGGAGUCUGCAUUUCCUUCAAGAUGCUUGGUUCCAUCUGUUAUACCAAAGCCCCUAUGCAAGUCCUUGGGUUCUAAUAGAGUUCUAUUCUAUGAGGAUGAAUUAUGCCAGGCUGUUGCUCAGAACAAACUCCGUUGAUUUCGGGUGUUCUCAUCUCCUGAUAUGUGUAUAAUAGAAAACUAUCUCGUUUUCAUCUUUGGUAGCAAAAUGGAUAGGGUGCAAGUUUUGUAAUAUUACCGGGGGCACUCGUUGAAGGUGGUUUAAGAUUACUAGGUUUAGAAAGAUUUGAAGGUUUUCGCGAAUAAUAUAUGGAGACUGGGCUUGUGUAUAAUAUAUAAGUUCUAUUUAUUGGGUUUUGA